CUUGUGUGGCCACGAGCAAGGGAAGGAGGGAGACACCAGUGCAGAGCCUGGCAGUGGGCGAGGGAACAGGGUCUAACGAGGAGGUUUACGCUGUAGCUCGUACUGAGAAGGAGCAAGCUGUUGUGUGGGGACAUCCUAGAUUGUUACACGCCAGCACUGGAAGCGACUCUAACCCUUGUCUAUGAGACAUCACGGCCACGUUCAGACGUUGUUGACAGUCGGCCUGUUCUAUCAUAACGUUAAGAAGUGAAGUCAGACGUAUACACAGCGCCAAAACGAAACAAGCAAUCAAGUCAGCUAAGAGGCAGCAAUAAAAUUCCACCCCUACUGACAUGGCGAGGUGGACAGUCUGACCUACAGCUACAGGAACAACUGGGCAUCCCCUGCAGUGCCUGCCAACAUCAGCUGGUCUAUAUCAACUGCAAGUAGAAUGUGAAGGAGUCCACCAACCUCUCCCAUGGGGUGUGCCUCCUCCAAUACUGUCAGCCGCAAGGAAAUGACCAAGUCAGAAAAAGCGAUCAAGGCAGCCAUCUUGAUACAGAAGUGGUACCGGCUGUACACAGCUCGACUGGAGGCUCGCAGGAGAUGCACCUGGAACAUCUUCCAGAACAUAGAGUAUUAUGGGGAACAGAACCAGCUGAAGUUGUACAACUUCUUCAACAGCAUGCUGUCAGAAUUUGAUGGGAAAGACACGAUUCAGCCUAAGAUACUACAUGCCUUCAGUCCAACCCAUCAUCCAACCAUAUAUGACACAACUGCUGAGGAAGACGAUGAGCUGCAUGAGCUGACAAACCCUGACACCAUCGCCAUUGAGCCCAACUACAAUGGCCCUCAUUUGUUCUUUCCACUCACAAGUAUCCAAGUUAAAGGACUCAUAAAGGCAUUCAAGACAAAACAGCAACUCCAUGUGAAGUACCUGCUGAUGUUGUUGCACGAGGCCAGAAAGAUCCUCAAGAAGAGAGGGAAUAUCAACUAUGCAACCACAUCUAUCUCCAAGCAGAUCACAGUGUGUGGAGAUCUCCAUGGCAAGCUGGAUGACCUGUACAUGAUAUUCCAUAAGAAUGGCCUACCAUCAGUUGACAAUCCAUAUGUAUUUAAUGGAGAUUUUGUUGACCGUGGGCCCACAUCAGUAGAAGUGGCAACAAUUCUGUUUGCAAGUUUCGUUGUGUAUCCGAACGAGGUGUAUUUGAACAGAGGCAACCAUGAAGACCACAUCAUGAACAUGAGAUACGGUUUUAUAAAAGAAGUCAUGAGAAAAUACAAACACCAUGCAGACAAAGCAAUCAAAAUGUUUGAAGAGAUCUUCAGCUGGCUGCCAUUGGCGACAGUGAUUGAUGAUAAAGUUUUAGUGGUGCAUGGUGGGAUAUCCGAGCAAGUCAACUUGGAGGCCCUUGACCAAAUUGACAGACACAAGUUUUUGUCUGUGCUGCGUCCACCCGGUCCCACUGACCUCCACAGCGUGGACAGUAUGACCCUGGAGCUGAAGGAACUCGAGGAGUGGAAGCAGGUUUUGGAUCUUUUGUGGAGUGACCCUCGCCCCCUCCCAGGCUGCCUGCCGAACACAUUCCGGGGAGGGGGAUGCUACUUCGGCCCAGACACGACACGCAGCGUGCUGGACAAACACAACCUCCAGAUGCUCAUACGAAGUCAUGAAUGCAAGAUUGAAGGGUUUGAGUAUAUGCAUAAUGGAAGGGUGCUGACAAUAUUUUCUGCUUCCAACUACUAUGACAUCGGCAGCAACAAAGGAGCGUAUGUGAAGCUGGUGGGCGACAGCCUCCAGUGUCACAUCAGCCAGUAUGUCAGCACAGCGUCAACAGGACUUCGCAAGAUCACAUUCACUCAGAGGAUCAGCUCACUGGAGGCCUCUGCCCUGCAUGACCUGAGAGAGAAGUUCCUUGCCCUCAGAUCAGACUUGAUGGAACAGUUCCAGAAGCAUGACAUGAAACUCACAGGUAGGAUAUCCAUGUGUGACUGGUGUUCUGCCAUGGAGGAGGUGGUGGAAGUGGACGUACCCUGGCGGAUGCUCAAGCCCAAGAUGGUCAAGUCUGACCAGGACGGCAUGGUGCUGUACAAGUCCAUGUUUGAGGAGGUGUAUGUACAACACAGAUACAGCAAUCACAACAGCCCCACCUUGACAGAGAUGCUGUAUCGCCACAAGGACAGCUUGGAGACUAUCUUCCGAAUGUUUGAUCGAGACAACUCUGGUUUUAUCUCAAUGGAGGAGUUUGAGGAAGCCUGCAAUAUCCUCACUCGACACACCAGCAUGCAGUUGCAGCCUCAACAUAUUGCUGACAUCGCCAAAAGUCUGGAUCUUAACGGUGAUGGAAAAAUAGACUUUAAUGAGUUUCUAGAAGCAUUUCGAAUUGUUGAUGCACAUGGGAAAGAGAAGAAUAUGGCUCGACGACCAAGUUUAAAUGGUGACGAAAUCAGUGAAGAGCUCUUGAGUGACCAGGAUGAAAUCAGCUUGAUCAGUAAAACAGACUCCCAGAUGAACCUUAGAGUCUCGAGGAAGACUGACUCUCAGAUAACCCUGAACAGUGCCAUGGGAAUCAAGAGACUGUCUAGGUAGACCUGUCUCAAUGAUUGCUGUUUGAUGUCAGUAGACACUGGCAGCAGUGCAGUCAGAGUGUGCUACAACAUGGCACCGGGCCUAGAAGGGGUACAAUCAUUAGGAAACAUUAGGAAUCAUUAUGAAAACACUCAGGUCCUUAAGCCAUCUGUAAACACAGGUUUGAUUGAGCCAUCCCUCUCUGACAAUAUAUAUUGCAAUCUUUUCAGUGUCAGUAAUGAUAGUAUCUUUCAAAAAUGUUCCAAGCUAGUCUUCCAACAUUUUUACACUUAUAUAUAUAUAUGAAAAUAUAAAUAUAUUGUUCUGUACUAUAUAUUUUUCUGAUGUGGGUGCAUAAACACAUUUGAGAAAAGAGGUAUGAAAUAAUGUGAAUCUCUGUGGAUUGUUAUGUUGACUUGGUUUGAAAUAACAAAAAGACCCUUGUAUUUGAAAUGUCUACACCAUGCCACAUGAUACCAAUGACUUCUUAUCCUAAUGGCUCAUUCUGGUUCAGCUUCUUAACGUUACCCUACAUCUUAGGUUCCUAUGUAAGUGUCAGUGUGUUUGCAAGAUGCACUUGCUCACAGCUGACUGUGAAGUCUAUAUAUCAGUCCAACUUCGGCCAUAUGUAUUGGCUGGGUGGGACACAGACACCUACACAAUAUACAUUUAACUCAGAAAGUAACUUCAUAGAAAAGAACCAAGACUGAGGUUUUGAGGUAGACAUAUUACUUACUAUUAUUGCUAAAUCUAUUUGUACAUGAUAUGAUAUAUGAUAGAGAAAUUACUCUUUUGUUCAAAUAACUUUAAACAAGAAUUAUUCCUAAACACGAACAUGAUGUCAAAAUAUGACAAAUGAGAUCAACAGCAGAAAAGAAACAAUGCUGAAGGUCAUAUCUUGUUUGUAAAUUAAUUUUCACUACUUAGGCCUACCUAAAGAUAGUUUAUAAAGCUUGGUUUAUGACAUUUGACAUGAACCCUCCCCAGGGCCUUCAAAGUAAUCUUGUAUGAACUUGUAUCACUUUCAAAAUUGUGGAUUAUUUGUAUUAGAUUUUUAUCCAAAUCUUUCACAGCUAUGAGGCAUAAGGUGUUUUAUUUCUAUAUUUUAUUUAUUUCUAAACAAACUGUCCUAGAGAACUGGCCGAUCCAGAGCGUGUGCCCUUUAUUUUUCCAGCCACCUUACACCUCAACCACAUCCGCAGGCAAAUGACUUGAUGACUUGGGCGUUAUGCUCACACACCUUUAUCAAAAUCCUGGCCCCGCCUCUGUGUUUGUAUGAAGGUAGACACUGAAAUCAUAUGAGGCAGGGUGUUUGGUAGUGAGACAGGCAGGUAUGAAUCUAAAGAAGAAAUUUAUAGAAAUACAUUUAAUAGUAUCAUACAGAUAUAUUUACUUAAGGUUUACUUUAGGUGUGGGUAAACAAUUCCAUCUGCUUAUUUCAAGUAUGUCAAAAUGUAAUACCAUAUGUAUCUUUAUCAUUUAACUGCAGCAUUUAUCCAUGGAAUUAGCCUUGGUCUUAAAUUGAGAUUCCGAGCUGAGUGUGUUUCAGUAUCAUAAAUAUGAUAUAGAAGGCAUAAUAAAUGUACUACGAAAGCAAUUGGCGAGGAUAAGACAUAUUUGUUAUUCCUCAUAUUUGAUUAUUACAAUAUACAGAAACACACGAGGGUAAUAAACUCUAUCAUAAAAUCACAAAGAAAACUCUCAGAAGCCUUAGAAAUCUGCUGUCACAACCUAUCUGCCUUUGAAGAUCUAAUCAAGCAAUGGACUCUUUUUAAUUAGUAUCCAAUCAGCUUGUUACAACUUUUUAAUCUGUACCGGUACUUUUUUUUACUGUACAUCAGGCUUCAUUACCUGUGUGCUAUUUGUUAUGUUACUGUACAUAUGGCUCAUCCAAUUAUCUGUGUGCUACUUGUUAUCCAUUGCCUGUUGUUGAUAAUGUAGAUUUUAAUCUGGUGUACCACAACAUAUCAUGUAUAUAUACCUCUCAUCACUUCGUUGUUGUCACUCCAGCUUCAUAACGGUGUAAGAAUCUACAUCGAAACAUUGUUAAAUGCAAUAAAAACAGAAGUAGUUAUCAAUAAAGUUGUAUAUAAUGUUAAUCUUAAAAUAAUCAAAUUUAAGACAUAGGCUAUAAUUUCGCUCAAAGAACUACAUUUUAGAAAGCAUGCAGUGUUUCAGUAAACUGCCCCAUUAAUCACAUAUGGCAAAAUGAUUUGCAGCCAUGUUCGUCUACAUAAUCACCAAGACAUCAGAUAAACCCUAUCUAAACCUAUUGGGAAUGAUAGUCCGUAGUUUAUUGAGUAAGCAGAGAUUGAAUUGAUGCAUAUAAUUCUCAAAGAGAUUGGUAGUUGUCCUCAUUUGAAUAUUUAUUGGAUCGUGAUAUACCAAGUUUAUUCAAGGGUAAAUUGACUGUCACAGACACAGUCUGUACAUAACAUUACCUAUUUCUUUAUGAAUGGUGAUGACCUGUGUCACUUUGACACACGUGCCUAAAUCUUGUCACAAAUGGUAUAUUAGAAAUUGCAGAGAGAAAAUCAAACCAUCCACUGUCAUGAAUGAAACAUGUGUAAAACAGCCAGGCUCUAGGCAUCAAAAUUACUUACAAAUCACAUUUUUUACGAAAGUGUUUGACAAAACUUUGACUUGAUAUAUAACCUUGUCCCAAAGUAGAAUGACAACAAUGGUCCACCAAAACAAAACAUGUUUGACCCCUCUAUUUCUGUCUUUAAUCAAAUGUAAUUUGAGCACACUGAAAUAAAAAGUGUGCACAAACAAGUCACAAUAAACUGCAGCAAAUAUCCUCCCAAUACGACAAGGGAGACUUUCAGAAUAGGAACCAUCAGCUCUGUCUGUAUUGUGAAGGAACGUUUUCUAAUUAUCCUUUGGCAUUUUUUAUCGUAAUGUAAAGUGAUAUAUCCACUUCCCAAAGAAGCCCCUGUUAUGACCUGUAGCCUCGGUUUGUAGUCCUACUGAGCUACGUAACAGUAUUGACAUGUGUACAUGUACUUACACUUUGAAGUCUUCCUUCCCCAACUUGUGUAUGUUGUGCUUCAACUAAUGUACACAGACACUUGCUGUCAAGAUGAACUACUGUCUUUAGUGAAUAAAACACAGUUCACAUCA